CGCCAACAUCCAACAUAUUACAGUCAAAAUGGUCAGCAAUCGCCUGAAUAAGGUGCACAAGCAAAUCACGAAGAAGAAGGGCAAAACUCCAAACCUGCACGAAAACAGUCGGGACACCCAACGCCUACAACGAGCAGCUGGUAGAGACGACAAGAUCAACCGCGUGAGCAGACUACGAGAGAAGCAAAACCGCCCAUAUCUAUUGAGGAUCAAGUCCUUCCAAUCUUUCACAACAGAGCAUGAAUCACCUCUCAGCGUCUCAGAACUCCAGGCCAUGAUCGAGGACUACCUAGGUCGCGAUGAUGAAGAAUUAGCCAAAUUGAAAGCGGAUCGCCGUCCAGGCCGGCCACCAAUGACCCGUCAAACCCUCCUAGAGCAGAACCAGGCUGUUGAGCAGGGCGAGUAUGCCUCCGGAUUCUGGGUGCCUGACCUUGAGGAUGCCGAAAAUCUACGUAAAUUAAAGGAAUGGAGCGGCCAAUGGGCUAACCUAGCUACCCUCAAGUUCGCCAGGAUCUCCAAGGAGGGUCUCAAGCGAGAGUCAAGCUUUCCGCCAAAAGGCAUGUCGUAAGAGAUGGAAGAUUGUAUGCUUGUUUGGGUUGGAGACAGCGAGUACAGUGCGUGGGAUGGAGUGAACAGUUGCGUGCAACGCGGAGGUCACCUUUCAGCACACCUGUCAUUUGCACGCUGGCUAGUGUCUGCCUCCAUUUUGGGUCGGACCUAUCACACUUCUUCUGGAUUAUUGCUACGCCUCUCCGAUUGAGAUCCGGGUCUAUCUACACAGCCAAGCAACCCAUCACAAGCACGUAGGUGUACAUUCGCGCUCCACGGAAUCUGUCGGAGCCCACAUGAAUUGCAACUCUCGUACACGGCAGAGUGUUCAAGACGUGGAAGCGGGCUAAAUCCCCGCCUGGGUUUUCCGCAGC